UCCCCCUGCCUGCAUGGGUUGAUCUAAAAACGGCCCUCUUUAAAAAAAAAAAAAAAUGCAAUGCAAAAUUUUGAAGGAAUGAAAAAAAAAUGGACCCGAUAACUUUAACAGCGGGGUAGGAAGAGAGAGAAAAAAAACGUCUGGCAACAGUCGAUAUUAAAAACAUGCAGAGGGAGACAAGCUCGGGGCCUUCCAGAGUCAGGAAAAAGACUUCGGAGAGCUGCAGACAGGAGAUGGGUAUGGCAUUUGUAUUUUCCCCCAGCCCAUUGAUUUGUAUAUGAAAACAUAGCGCUUUUAUUCUCCCCCCUUCUGGGCUCUGCUUCUGAGUGAUCAGCUGAUGAAGAGACUAGCAGCUCGCCGCUAUGCUGGCUUGCUAAUUCUCUCCCCCACAGCUGCAGCCGAUCCUGAUAGCCAGCCUGCAGAUUGCAGUCAGCCUGAGGCAGCAGAGAACGGUUCCCUGGAGGACAUGGAAGAGGACAUCAGUCUGAAGAAGCGUAAAGGUGAUCACCAUGGAGAGAAAGAGCUGGAGGCCGGGCAAGAAACUGGUGAAAAGGUCAAACGGAAGCGAGGACGCCCGCCAGCUGAGAAACUGCCUCCAAAUCCACCUGAACUCACCAGAACACUGAACACACUGGUGGAUAUGGUCAUCAACUACAAGGAUGGGUUGGGACGACAGAUCAGUAAAGGCUUUGUGCAGCUUCCCUCUAAGAAGGAGGUACCCGAGUACUACGAGCUGAUCCGAAAGCCUGUGGACUUCAGAAGGAUCAGGGAACGUGUGCGUAAUCACAAGUACAGAAGUGUGGGGGAUUUGGAAAAGGACAUUUUCCUCCUGUGCCACAAUGCUCAGACUUACAACUUGGAGGGAUCUCAGAUCUAUGAGGAUUCGAUUGUCAUUAAGUCUGUUUUUGAGAGCGCAAGACAGAGAAUUGUCACAGACGAGCAACAGAAAGAGACGGUUAGCGCCAGUCACAGCGAUAAUGGCGGCGGAGCUGAAGACCAAUUUGUUCCAUCAGCAGUGAAACCAUUGCCAGUCCAAAUAAAGAAGGGAGCAAAGGAGGAGAGGAGCAGAAACACCAACAUGGCCAAGAGGCUUCACAGUGAUUUAGACAGCGACGAAGAUCUAGAGGAUAACACCACAAAAGAUGAGGGUUGAACUGAAGAGCCCUCCUUUUUUUGUAUUCUUGUUCAUGUCUGUUCUCUGCCACAUCCAUUUUCAUCGGUUUGUUUAUUUUCUAAUAAAAAAGAAAGGUCUUUGAAAAUAACAGGGGAAGGACCACUCAAAGAGAGGCACUUAUGGAACAAUGCUUUUUCUUUUAGAUGACUCACUCCACUCCAGCUCAUCUUGCUGCACAUAGUGCUGUUCUGUUCAUUUAGCUGGUCUUUUACAAUAAUUAUACGUUACGUUAUAUCUGCUUUAGUCCCUGUGAUUGCUUCUGCAGAUAUUAUGUAAAACACCAGUUUCACUGACUGUUUUUAAUCAAUAUAUUUGAUUGUAUGAAAUGCCUUUGUAUGUCUUUGGAGCAUGAUAUGUAUCUCUCUCCUGAAGCUGGCUCCUCCAGAGAAGCCCCCGCUGAUGACAAAGUUGAUGUGUUGAGGGCCAGAGAACUGAAGCACACCGGAAGGUCUUUUUAAUGAAAAUAAGAACAAACUAAAACCUGUAAAUCUGUUUCAAAUCUCUGAACGUGGUUUUAGAGAUGAUACGUAUUUGAUUUUAAAAAAAAAAGUAUGAAGUGACAAAUACUUGUGCUGAUAGUAUGCCUUUUGUCUGUUUCUGAUACUUGAUGGAAUCAGUUUGGGUCUAACCAAGGGUACUCAAGAUAAACAUUUGUAUCCCUUGUGCUACAGUAUAUUCACAUAUUGUACAGUUUGUGUGAAAAGUAACUAAAAAUUUAAUUUCUCCUCAUUUACUCUCCAUGUUGUUGGGGAGGAUGGGAGAUAUCAUUGUUAAGACAAUCCCUCGAAACAUGUAUCACUUAAACACUUGCAAAAUAAAUUUUACCAAAAAGUCCAA